AUGAUACUUCUGAAGAAAAGGCGAUCACAAAGUGAAAGUCGAAAAGUGGAACAAAACCAAAAGUACGCGCAACCGUUCAAUAAUCACCACACCGAUAGUGAUGGACAUUACAGAGGCAGAUUGAAGCAGCAGCAAAAAAAUCAAGAACAACAAAAACAUAUCAUACAAAAUUUUGCAUUUGGCGAUACGACAAAUACUUUGGAGCGGCGAAAAACAUCAGCAGAAAUGAUUAGCGAAGCCAAAUCAAUGUUGGCGGAGAUUUCGACAAACGUAAUGCAUAGCAGCAGUGAUGGUGGUGGUAACGGCAGCAAUCGCAUCGCAAUUGGUGGCGUGCGAGUGGUCAGCACGCGCCGUCCCAUCACGCCACGUGAACCUGGACGCGCGCUCUAUGGCAAGGUCGCCUUGGCGGGUAGACCACCCAGCGCAUUUUCUUUGCGUUACUUGCAAAACGAAAAUCAACGAAUUACGCCUAUGACACCUUCGUUGGAACCGAUAACGGUUCACCAACCACAAGAAGUCAUUGAACCAAAUGCAAACGACUUUGAACAACAACAAAUGAAACGGCGUACCGGAAGACGUUCGAAUUCGUGGGACGCGCGUUGCGAUUGCAAUGAAAUAGAUUCAGGCGGCGAAGCUGGUCGUGGUGGUGGUGGUGUUGUAGCUGUUGGUAUUGGUACUGGCGGAGGGGUUGGUCAAGCAAAGCAAAUUCCAAGGAAGUUGCCUGCAUUGGAGAUAAAGAGUUUAUCGUUAGAGGCUAAGCAAUGCGCCGAUGGCGCAACAAAUAGGGAACGCUUUAAAACUAGCAGAGAGAACAGUUCUUUGGAUUUGAGUGGCUCGAAUAAGGCGAUCAAUAUUCUAAGCACACGUAAAUUUCAGCAACGCAAUAGCCAUUUGCUGGCACAGUCACCCACUGAGAAGUUGAUCGGGCUUUUGAAGGAGCAUGCCGGCCUCAAGGAAUGCACUGAGGAGACAGCGAAUCACAUUAAUUCGAUCCUUGUUGAGCUCUACAUGCGGGUGCGCAAGAAUGAGAAACAUUACAAACGAGGCUUCAUUCUAGGCGGCCUUUACGGCUUAGUGGAGUGUUCUUCGCCAAAAAUACUAUUGGGCGUUGCACGCGUAGUACUAGCGCUACGCGUCACCGGCAGUAAUUUGACUGGCGCCUGCAAACUUAUCUUCAAAGUGGCGCGUAACGAACUAAACGACCAACUUUUCCACGAUAAUGACUUACUUGAUUUGCUCAUCGACGGUUUGGGACGCGCCAGUCCGUUAGACGAUCCAGAGGCGUGCAUUUACGGCUACGGUUCCAUACGUUUUCUCACCAGCAGCACCGGCCAGGAGAGGGGUGCAGAGGUAAUGCCUACCAAAGAUAAAAAUCGCAAUUGGGCAGAAUGUUUGGAGUUGCCACGCAAACCAGCCACAGCGCCUGCACCCGGCACCGACAUCAAGCAGGCACUGGAACAAUUACAACACGAUCGCUACCAAAAGCUGAGCAAGCAAAAUUCACUUGUAGAGCGUUUGGCACGUCACGGCGCUGUGGAGCUUAUGGUGCUGCAUUUACAAAUACUAAAUGAGGCAGGUGCAACACAGAAGUUGAGUGGACCACCGUUGCAUUCACUGUAUCAAUUGUCUGCCGCUUUGCGUGCGUUGUCGGAUGUACGACAAACGACGCACUCUAUGGAAAAGGAUUUGAAUGCAUCAGAGCGUGCGGACAUGCCAAUACAAGAUGCGGGUGCUAUGCAACAGCAGAGCAUACAAUUGGAACUGGCUUGCCCACAUUUGGUGCGUGCAGCAGAGGUGGCCACUGGCGAACUGGAAGUGCAGGCGAAUAUUGUGCGCACGCUAAGUGUGCUAUCUGAGGAUAGCGAUUGUUGUCAUGUGUUGGUCAACUUUACGGCACGCAUUGGCAUGCUUCUGGGUCCGUGUUGCGAGAUCUUUGAUAAUGCUUCUGAAAAAUUGCUGUCACUAUUCAGUAGACUUGGUUACAUACUCGGCAAUAUUAUGGCGAAAUACGACAACGCACGAGUGCAGUUCUAUCACAACGACGUGGCUAUGCAGUAUUUGCUGCGCGUACUGGAACUCUACUCCAAAGAACCGUUGACACUACACAACUCACUCGGCGAUACGGUGAUCGACGUGCUCGUCAAAAUGAUACGCGUCGUCGCGAAUAUGACCGUAAACGGCGAAGUGGGCAUCGGUUUGGGGAAUAUGCACAAUCUGGGCGUCAUUAUGCUGAAUCUAUUGAAUGCCAUUACGCACAUGAAGGCCAUACAAUUGAAGAGCGACCUGCAGGAACUGUUGCAUGCCACACUAGGCGCGCUGCAUAAUCUGUGUUUCUAUCAGGAGCAGAACAGUACACCGGCACAAGUGAUGAUCGCCAAAGGUUCACUGCAAUGUGUGCUUGGCGAUUUAGCCACAGCGCUGUUCUAUGCAUUGAAAACGUGUCGCGAUGAAGCAUCUCAGGUGGAGACGGCGCGCGUAUUGGGCAAUUUGACACGCAACGACAAGGCACGUCGCUACUUCUGCCGAAACGGUGGGCUAACACUGCUGGUACAACAGCUGUCCGCGACAAAUGCCAAUCAGGCAUACGAUUUCAAGGCUUGUGCCAUUGGUGUGCUAGUUAAUUUACUGGGUGAUGCCGAGAAUCGUGCACCAUUCAUGCAACAUAAAGGCACUGAACUACUCUACACACUGUUGGGUGCGGCAUUGCAGGAGGAAGAUUGGUUCUUGUCUACGAUCAUUUGUCAAGCACUAUGGAAUCUACUAAUAGACGCGAGUGAUGUAGCAGAUGUAUGUCAGGAGCAAGUGUUAGAUGAUGUUUGCGAUUUGUUGGUCGACUAUUUGGAUGAAGAACGUCUAUUUGAGCACAGCACACGACCCGAUGCGGUGUGGGAGGGAUUCGCGGUUGUAGCCACCGAUUUGCUGGAACGCAUACAGGCAAGCUAUGAUAAACAAGAGCAGGAAGAGGCAGAGGCUGAGGCCGAGGCGGAAAAACAAAAACAGAAGCAGCAGCAAAUUUGUACGAGAAAUGAUAAAGACCAUGAACAUGGCGAAGGGGUGGACGAUGAUGAUGUUUACAUUGAAGAAAUGUAAAAGUUGAAAUGAUUUAAAUGCGGUCAAGUUAUAUGAAUAAAAAACAAGAGCGACAAAUUGGU